AUGACUAGAAACCGUAACAAAGCUUAUCGUCAGCACCAGAAUCGACUGGAGGAUGGUCUUCUCCCCUUCCCACCCCCAACUCAAUUCCGGCACACCCUUCAUUAUCCCUCCAUUCUCUCUCCUGUUGGUCUUUCUGUUGAUCUUUUUAUCUCUCUAUUCUACCAAAAGCAGUCCAUUUUAUCACGUUCAAGUCAUCUCCUCAUCCCAAACCCAGAGUAUCAAUCUCAGACCUUGUCUAGCUCGCUACCCUGCUAUGCGGCAUUCCGACUGCGUGGUGUGAUCUCAAAAGAUCAGCAAGAAACUCUCUACACAUCGGUGGGAAAGGUAUGGGAUGUUGGCCUUAGAUCACACACAAUAGCUUCUAGAGGUGCCGGAUUCCAUCAGUGGUGGUUUGGUGUGUGGUGUAGGUAUGCCAACCACAGUGUUGUCUCGGCCGACUCUCGACAGAAGGGAUCUCAGAGCGAGGUACUUGAACUCCUGAAAGCGUUUGAUGGAAUCUUUGGAGACAAGCCGAGAACAAUGCUUCAUCGUCUUGAUAAGAAGGUCGCAAUUUCAAUGGCGCAUAAUCACUGGCGUGUUCACAAUUAUUUGAAGGACUUGAAGGAGAAGUUCAAGACAACUUCAACCCCGACUCCAUCUAGUUUCCGGAAAACAGCUGAAAGUCUUGACAGUACUCACUCUCAAGCCACAGCAAUCAGACUUGGGGGGAUGGGUAUGAUGCUGGCAGUAUCAUGGGGAGAGGGAACGGAAUGGCAUGUAGAUGCUAAGGACUAUGGCAACCACUAUACAAUCAUAUCAGUCCUCACAUCUCCUGCACUGCUUCACCUACCCGAACUCGGAUGUACCAUCCUCAUACACCCAGGGGAUGUUGUUGGCUUCUUGGCACACCGUUAUCUUCAUAAAUUAGAACCAGUACCACUCGAUACCUCAGCGGGAAGAGUGGGGAGCAGGGGAAGCGUAGCAGCUGGAACCUCAACAACUGGAACCUCAGCGGUUGGAACAACAGAGAGCGCAGAAAGUGCAGGGAGUGGGGGAAGUGUAGCAGUUGGAACCUCGACGGUCGGGGCAGCAAGUAGUGGAGGAGACAUAGGGGGUGAAAGAAGUGUAGACGUGACACCCAGGCGGCAGGUGGUUUUUACUUGUUGGACAGACAAGAACACUCAAGCUCGCAUGGCUGAGUAUCGUCAUUUUCAUCAAGUGGUAUUGGUAGAUAUGGAAUAG